AUGUCUCCCCAAGUAUGUGAAUUCCAUCUACCCUUAUCCCCAGAAGAGUUGUUGAAAAGUGGAGGGGUGAAUCAGUAUGUCGUGCAAGAGGUACUGUCCAUCAGACAUCUUCCAUCGCACCUUAAAGCAUUUCAGACUGCCUUUCGAGCUCAGGGGCCCCUGGCUGUGCUGGAGCAUUUUGAUACCAUCUACAGCAUUCUGCAUCACUUUCGAAGUAUAGACCCUGGCCUCAAGGAAGACACACUGGAAUUCCUGAUAAAAGUGGUGUCCCGCCACUCCCAAGAGCUCCCUGCCGUCUUGGAUGACGCAGCUUUGAGUAUGUCAGACAGAAGCGCCCACCUGAACGCCCUCAAGAUGAAUUGCUAUGCUCUGAUACGCCUCUUGGAGUCCUUUGAGACCAUGAGCAGCCAAACAGGUCUCAUGGACCUGGAGCUUGGCGGGAAGGGUAGGAAAUCCCGGGCCAAGGCAACCCAUGGCUUUGACUGGGAGGAAGAGAGGCAACCAAUUCUUCAGCUUUUAACACAGCUGCUCCAGUUGGACAUCCGUCACUUGUGGAACCACUCAAUAAUCGAAGAGGAGUUUGUCAGCUUGGUUACUGGCUGCUGCUACCGCCUCCUGGAGAACCCCACCAUUAGUCACCAAAAGAACCGCCCUACCCGAGAAGCCAUAAUGCACCUACUGGGUGUAGCUUUGACACGUUAUAACCACAUGCUGAGUGCCACUGUGAAGAUCAUCCAGAUGCUACAGCACUUUGAGCACCUGGCAUCCAUCCUGGUGGCAGCUGUGAGUCUUUGGGCAACUGAUUACGGAAUGAAGAGCAUUGUAGGAGAGAUUGUAAGAGAGAUUGGACAGAAGUGUCCCCAGGAGCUGAAUCGGGACCCUACGGGGGCAAAGGGUUUUGCAGCCUUCCUGAUGGAGCUUGCAGAGCGCAUCCCAGCCAUCCUGAUGUCCAGCAUGUGCAUUCUGCUAGACCAUCUGGAUGGAGAGAAUUACAUGAUGCGCAACGCCGUGCUGGCGGCCAUGGCAGAGAUGGUGCUGCAGGUCCUGAGUGGGGAUCAGCUGGAGGAAGCAUCCCGGGACACCCGGGACCAGUUCCUGGACACCUUGCAGGCCCAUUGCCACGAUGUCAACUCCUUUGUGCGCAGCCGCGUCUUGCAGCUCUUCACCCGAAUUGUCCAGCAGAAGGCUCUGCCCCUGACGCGUUUCCAGGCAGUGGUGGCCUUAGCUGUGGGGCGUCUGGCAGACAAGUCGGUGCUGGUCUGUAAAAGCGCCAUCCAGCUGCUCGCCAGCUUUCUUGCCAAUAAUCCCUUUUCCUGCAAGCUUAGUGACACUGACCUUGCUGGACCGCUGCAAAAGGAGACCCAGAAAUUACAAGAGAUGAGGGCCCAGAGGCGAGCCACAGCGCCUUCCGCAGAGCUAGACCCCGCCGAGGAGUGGGAGGCCAUGCUGCCAGAGUUGAAAGCUACCCUGCAGCAGCUGCUGACGCUUCCCCAGGAAGGAGAGGGGAUGUCUGAGGGCGUUGCCGAGAUGGAGACUCCCAAGGAGGUGGAAGGACGCAUCCGUCGGUUGCUCGCCAAAGCUAGUUACAAGCAGGCCAUGAUCCUCACUCAAGAAGCCAUAAGCCACUUCCAGAAGUCUGAACCCUUCUGUCAUGUGGACCCGGAAGAGUCAGAGGAGACUAGGUUCCUCAGUCUCUUAGGAAACAUCUUCAAAGGCCCAGCAGCUCCCACCCAGGAGGAGAAUCCCCAGGCGGCUGCAGGGAACUUGGGCCCAGGAGAGACUGGCUGUAAGGACAAGCCCAGUGGGUCAGAGCCUGAGGACUGCAGUGAUGAGCUGGUGAAGCAGGAGUUGCUGGUGCAGUACCUGCAGGAUGCCCACAGCUUCUCCCUGCAGAUCACCAAGGCCAUUGGUAUCAUCAGCAAGAUGAUGUACGAACACACAACCACAGUGGUGCAGGAGGUGAUUGAAUUCUUUGUGAUGGUGUUCCAAUUUGGGGUACCCCAGGCCCUGUUUGGGGUGCGCCGCAUGCUGCCUCUCAUCUGGUCGAAGGAGCCUGGCGUCCGGGAUGCUGUGCUUAAUGCCUACCGCCAACUUUAUCUCAAACCCAAGGGGGACUCCGCCAGAGCCAAGGCCCAGACUUUGAUUCACAAUCUCUCUCUGCUGCUGGUGGACGCUUCAGUUGGGACUAUUCAGUGUCUUGAGGAAAUCAUCUGUGAGUUUGUACAGAAGGAUGAAUUGAGCCCAGCAGUGACUCAGGUGCUGUGGGAGCGGGCAACCGAGAAGGUGCCCUGCUCCCCUCUGGAGCGCUGCUCCUCCGUCAUGCUUCUUGGGAUGAUGGCACGAGGAAAGCCAGAGAUUGUGGGAAGCAACUUGGACACCCUGGUGAAUACAGGGCUGGACGAGAAGCUCCCACAGGACUACAGGUUGGCCCAGCAGGUGUGCCACGCCAUUGCCAACGUCUCGGACAGGAGGAAGCCUUCUAUGGGCGAACGUCACCCUCCCUUCCGGCUGCCCCAGGAGCACCGCCUGUUUGAGCGACUGCGGGAGAUGGUCACGAAAGGCAGCAUCCACCCAGACCCGCUCUGGGUCCCAUUCAAGGAGGCGGCCGUGGCCCUCAUCUACCAGCUGGCUGAGGGCCCCGAAGUGAUCUGCGCCCAGAUGUUGCAGGACUGUGCAAAGCAGGCCCUGGAGAAGCUGGAGGAGAAGAGUGACCACCAGGAGGCCCCGCAGGAGACCCCCGUGCUCCCCACUUUCCUGUUGAUGAACCUGCUGUCCCUGGCUGGGGAUGUGGCUCUGCAGCAGCUGGUGCACCUGGAGCAGGCCGUGAGCGGAGAGCUCUGUCGGCGCCGAGUCCUGCGGGAAGAACAGGAGCACAAGAGGAAGGAGCCCAAGGAGAAGAAUUCAAACUCUGAGUCCACCUUGGAGGAGGAGAUGGGGCUGGGUGGGGCCACAGCUGAUGACACCGAGGCAGAACUCAUCCGUGGCAUCUGUGAGCUGGAGCUGCUGGAAGGCAAACAGACACUGGCUGCCUUUGUUCCACUUUUGCUUAAAGUCUGCAACAACCCUGGUCUCUAUAGCAACCCGGAGCUCUCCACAGCCGCUUCACUCGCCUUGGGCAAGUUCUGCAUGAUCAGUGCCACUUUCUGUGACUCCCAGCUUCGUCUUCUGUUCACCAUGUUAGAAAAGUCAUCGCUCCCCAUCGUUCGCUCUAACCUCAUGAUUGCUACUGGGGAUCUGGCCAUCCGCUUCCCCAACCUGGUGGACCCCUGGACACCCCAUCUGUAUGCUCGCCUCAGGGACCCCUCUCAGCACGUGCGGAAAACAGCUGCGCUGGUGAUGACCCACCUGAUCCUGAAGGACAUGGUGAAGGUGAAGGGGCAGGUGAGUGAGAUGGCCGUGCUGCUCAUCGACCCCGCCCCUCAGAUCGCUGCCCUGGCCAAGAACUUCUUCAACGAGCUCUCCAACAAAGCGAAUGCCAUCUAUAACCUCCUUCCAGAUAUCAUCAGCCGCCUGUCAGCCUCCGAGGGAGGAGUGGAGGAAGAGCCUUUCCACACCAUCAUGAAGCAGUUGCUCUCCUACAUCACAAAGGAUAAGCAGACCGAGAGCCUGGUGGAGAAGCUGUGUCAGCGCUUCCGCACAGCCCAGACUGAGCGGCAGUACCGGGACCUGGCCUACUGCAUGUCUCAGCUGCCCCUCACGGAGCGGGGUCUCCACAAGAUGCUUGACAAUUUUGACUGCUUUGGCGAUAAACUGUCAGACGAGUCCAUCUUCAGUGCCUUUUUGUCCAUCGUGGGCAAGUUACGGCGUGGGGCCAAGCCUGAGGGCAAGGCUGUAAUAGAUGAAUUUGAGCAGAAGCUUCGGGCUUGUCACACCAGAGGGUUGGACGCAGUAGAGGAACUUGAGGUUGGCCAAGGCAGUAGCCAAAGAGCCCCGUCAGCCAGAAAACAGCCAGCUGCCGCUCGACACCGGCAUGUGGCUUCCACAGUAUCAGACAACUUUGUCACACCGAAGCCCCGCCGUACUGCCCGCCAGCAGCCAAACACCCAGCAGCGAGCUUCAAGAAAGAAACUCAGGAUUGUCUUCUCGAGUGAUGAAUCCAGCGACGAAGAACUGUCAGCAGAGAUGAUAGAAGAUGAGACACCCAAGAAAACCACCCCCAUCCGCCGGGCAUCUGCUCACAGGCACAGGUCCUAA